UCUGGUAGAAGUUGUGAUUGGUAUUUAGAAUGUUUACACAAGAAAUAUCCAUGUUCUGAGACUGGUGAUGAUUAUGCUUUGACCUAUGCGACCAAAUUCUGUAAAUUUUAUGAAAAAUAUUAUUCUGAAUUUUCCAUGGACGGGCAAAAAUGGGUGGACAGUGUCCGAAAAUGUUUACAAGUGUCAUUGGUACCAUAUAUUCGUCCCUAUUCUCAUUUGUCCUGUACUGAAGUGAAGAAAGUGGCAUUCGGUUCGCAUGUUCCCUGUUAUGUAGAG